CUGCGCUAAUCGGUGCAAGCUCAAACUACUGGCCAAUUUUUGGCGAUCGGUGCAAGCAAAACUGAGUUGUUACAGAGAAAGUUCACAUGAAAUGAAAUUAAAUGCCCGACAGACCACACAGAUCUCGCAAAAAUUGAAAAUCGGAUUCUGAAAUAACGCUGCAAUUGCGAUUCACCAAAAAAUGGAAGUCUUGUCUCAUGGUAACGAAAAACUGCAUACGAUCUAGAGAAACGAGUUUUAGUUCAGAGCUUGCCGAUCAAAAUUUUGGGCAUGGUUCUGGAAAUUUAAGUUGACCAUCGAUUUUGGCGGGUACUAUUUCGGCGCUGCUGUUUUUUUAUUUUCGAUCAGUCUUGACCCUUUCACGUAUUCUGUUUCAAAUUUUUUACAGGCACAGGGUGAGGUGGCAGAAGUACUCUGUAGCUUACGGCGGAAUCAUAAACCAUUUUAGGUUAUAGAAUCAGCGCGACUGAAAACUUCCAGAUUUUUCUCGCGUUGAGUAUAUAUCAUUUGAAAAGAAGGAGCUUAUCAGAUUGAUUUUGGUUUAUUUUUUUGCUAGAGAGUUGAAUUACCCCCUUCUAUUUGGAAGAUUUGUCACAAAGACAUGUCUGCUACAGCCCCUACUUCAAAAAUCUUCGCUAGUGCAUCAGCUGUAAGUACUACCUCCACCGCUCCACGUCUGUAUAACAAUAAAUACGUUUCUUUUAACAAUGUCGUUGAAAGGGACGCUGAAGAUUGUGAUGACUUCAAAAAAAGUCGCUACUUUUGAACAAAAACAAAACAACUAGGGCCCAGUACGUUUAGCAGCAAGGACUCCGAAUUUGCGUCAGCAGAAACGCAAUAAGAGCUUGCUCGCGACUGGUUGGUGCCGAGGUAGUAACAGAAACCUCAACAAACAGGGAAAGUUAUCUUUUCAUUUGAUACUUCAUUUGAAAGCAUUUUUAUCUUGCAAGGCCUAGUAGUACCCACGACGAGCGGUCCUCUCGUCUCGUAUCCGAUCCUCUGACUGGCCACCACGACGAUCCUUUCAGAGGCACCCAGAUCCACGCAACAGCAACAGGAAGGAACACGUAGCUGAAAUAGAAAUGAGCGAUUCCUUCCAAGACCGUCCGGCGUACACCGCCGGCUACGCCCUCGCCUCCCCGGGUCUGAUCGCGUUCUAUGCUACCGUUGCCGCGCUCGUGCUCUGCACGGUCAUCUUCCGCCUCGCCGCCGGGUCCAGGUACCGGUCGUCCGUUUCCGUUUUUGAGAAGAACAACUACGAGGGGAAAAAGCUUUCGUACCACGUGCAGAUUGGGUACAGAAGGAACUUUUUUGGCAGUUUCCUCUACGCCUGCUGGCUCGCGGUUCCGGUCCUCGUGCAGGGGAUUUUGUUUAUCCUCUGUCUCGCCAUGCUGGAGGAGAAGGACGUGGACAAGUGGCUGUGGCUGACGAAUGGGACUUUCGAUUUGAAAAUCUGCACGCGGAACAUGAUAACACUUGGGAGUGACGUAUUAUAUUGCAACCAGGACUACGGACCGUCAUCCGGGGCGUUUUCCUUCCGCAACAUCGGGUUUGUGUUUUUCGUUUUCUGGAAUUUCUUCCUGUUGAACAUGUAUCUCAUCGUCUCGGAGAAACUCCGUUUCCGGGCCAACUUCUACAUCCCGUGCGCGCUCUGGGAAUGCGAAUUCGUCAUGCUGGAGGAGUGGUUUAUCAUGGACGAGAAAGUCGCGAAAGUGGAACCAGGAGCGGUUCUUUUAGCCGGCGCGGGAACUACAACAAACAGUAACACUAACAUCAAAGCUGGUCCUCGUGCUGACAAAGAUGAUGGCAGAAAUGCGGCGCCGAUGGCUGCCACCACGCCAACAAGCUCCACGAGCAGCAGCAGCGGAAAGAACAAAGCGAACAAAAGAAAAAACAAGAUAAAGCAACAACUUGGACUUCAGGAAGAAACUGCAGAAAAAGAUCGCGAUAAAGCGGUCGCGAUGAACAACAAUCGGACCGAACAAGAGGACUCCCUCCUUUUGAUCAUUUCUGACCUGAAGGUGUGCACCCCGGAACUGACAGACAUCAUAUACGACUCCCGGUACCUGUUCGCGAUGAAGUACGUGGGGUACCGAGAGAUCGGCGUAGUCAGCUACAGCCAGCUGGGGGAGAACCUGUCGGAGGCGGAAAUUGAGGAAUUCGAAGCCUACCUGCGCAGCAUCAACUUCGGGCCGGAAGACCAGGACAACAUGAGCUGCGAAGAUAACACGUUCUUGGCAGAAGACUCGAGCACGGAACAUAAGAUGGACGAGAAGCACUACCCCACGCACUGGUUCUGGUUCCGGUGCACCCACUACUUUUACUGCCAUCGGCGGAAUUGUUUUCUGGAACCGCGCAACGAAUUCACUGACAACGACGUGAAUACAAAACAGUUUCUGGACACCUACCGAGGAUUCUUGACCAAAACUGGUAUUAACGCGGCCGCGAUGAACAAACAAGCUCAAACGGGUCAAAACAAUUCCAGUCGUGUGUCCGAUGAAGGACGGGAAGUAGAAGAGUUGAGGCGUAGUUCAUCUUCAACCUCCGCCGAGCAAGAACUUCUUGCUGAGGACUUCCGGCAGCCCAGUUCCGCUUUCCUUUCCCAACGGAAAUACGAGAUUCUGGGGGAGAACAAGAUUUCCGUGGAGUGUAAGCCCUACGGGUGGUAUCUAUCGCAGGAAUUUUGCGACUUUACCACUUUGUUCCAAUUGCACUGCUUGUGGGCUCCGAGUAUAUUCACGAACUGGAUGCUCGCGAUUGUCUCCGGCGUGAUGUGCCUGCUGUUUGGCAUGCGGAACGCCUGGAACACGUUCGACGCACAGAGGGAGAUCCAGCGGCUCGCGAGCCGGACCAGCGAGGAUUUCGUACACGUCUUUCGUUACGUUGGGAGGAAGAAAACCGGGAGGAAAAACAACUACAACGACGGAGUCGUCGGGCCCUUCUCCACCACCACCUCGCGAGGUGGAUUCGAACAACAAAAUAAAUUCCUGCAACCCGCGACCAGCAGCGUGCAGAACCGGUCUCGACCCAUGUUCGAAAUGGAGUCCGUCCACGUCUCCGAACUCGUUCCUGGGGAUCUAGUGGAGAUCCCCGCGACAGGCGUGGUCCCCUGCGACUGCGUCGUGGUUGAAGGUGCUGUGGUGGUAAACGAGAGCAAUCUGACCGGGGAAGCCAUGCCGAUCCAGAAGUUUGCGCUCGAAGGAAACGCCUCGGAGAGACUCUGCUGGAAACGGCACGCGAAGAAGAACAUUUUAUGCGCGGGGACGGCCAUCAUGCAGAGCCGGGGGAAGACCGGGAACGACCCGGCCGUCGCGGUGGUGCUGGCAACGGCCGCGGGAACAACUAAGGGGUUGAUGAUUCGAAGUAUCAUCUACGCGGAAGAGGUAAUUUUUACUAGUAUCUAUGGGUUUGAUUGUGAUUCAUUUUUUCAACACCACAGUUGCGUUUGGUUUUGAUUUGUUUACUUCGUACAGACAAAAACAUUGACUGGGAAUCUUCAUCAUGUUCUUUCACACCUAAUCUUGUUCUCAGGUUCAUUUCGAACUUUACGACAAGCUGCCAAUCGCAGUGCUGAUGAAUGCCACUUUUGCCGGAGUUGUCGCGAUGCUCACGAUCUUCAGCCAAGCCGAAUGGCAGGCAUUGUUGAUCGCGGGCUAUUUCGAAGCGGUUUGUAUCAUAGUUCAAAAACGCAACGGCCACUUUAAUAUACCCAGAAUUUUUGGUGUUGGUCUUGCAUGGUAAUAUUAAAACUAAGCGGGCCCGCCAGCGCGGAGGACGCUGCAUGAGCGUGUGAUGUUGUUGUCUGGCCGCUAGUUUUAACACAGUUGACAGCACAACAAUAGAUACAGCUUCUCCUGGAUUUGAUAUUCUCGUGUUUGAUGCGGUUUUGAUUUUGAUAGAUGGUGCAAUAUCCCGCCUGGUUUCCCCCCUGAUUCUGGUUGGCUUCAAGAUCACGCAGGGCCAGGCCGCGGCCCGGUUAAAGAGUGGUCCCUACGAAAUCCAGUGUUUGAGCUAUCGGCGGAUUCCCAUGGCGGGAAAGAUGGAGGUCCAGUGCUUCGACAAAACGGGGACAUUGACAGAAGAGUCGCUGCAUCUGCACGCGGUACAGGCGGCGCUUCUUUCUGCGAAACAUUUAGGACUGGAGGAGAAUUUUUACGCAACCGGUGGUGCGACGUCGAAUGGUGCUUCUAGUUGUGCAACGGGUGGUCUCAUGACCAGAAAACAAGUAGAACAAGAUACGACAGCCACGACGACUUCUCAGCCACCACUCACCGUGCACAUGGGCGCUUUACAUCAGACCACGAGUGGCGGGCGCGAUAUGCUGCGUGCCAACUCGCACGUGUUCAGCCUGGCGGACCUCGCCGCCAGUACCUGUGACACCGUGACGGUGCUCGACGACGGGGUGACAUUGGCGGGGAAUAAGGUAGAGUGCGAGCUUGUGCACUUUUACGGUAUGGACCGCGAUCACAAGCUUGCGGUCAAGCGGUCUCACGCGGGAAGGGAUACCGAAAGCGCAGCAAAUAAGGAAGAAGGUGCUGCGCGGGACGCCAAACUGAUCCACCGGCACCCCUCGGACGGAAGGAUUUUGGCGCGCACGGUUCGCCAAUUUGAAUUCGACCAACGGACGCAGCUGCAGUCCGUCGUGGUGGACAUUCCAAAGCACGUUCUCGACGGCGCGCUGGAGCCCGCUGAUUUGCAGUACGUGUCACAAAGCGGAACCACUACGACAGGCGAUCGAAAGCUGACGUGGGACGAAAUGGCGAUGAACCAGCGGCGAUUGAUCCAGAACUACGAUUCACGGGCGUCCGUGAUUGGAAGUGCGACUCCCGAUAGGGUGGAUCAGCAUCUUCAUACCAGCCCCUUGCUGUUGAGCAACAGCAGAGAUACUUCCGUCGCCGACCAUGGAGCGCAAGAAAGCAACGUUUCUACGCCGGUGAUGCAGAUGAAAAUAGAGGAAACAGACGCGGACUUUAACUCCACUUCCACGGUGUAUCGCAGUAGCCGAGACAGUGGCACGCGCAGCCCUGCUGGGGGCGGUCUGGUACCACGGGCACAGCAUCAACCAGCCCCGGAAAUAACUGUGUUUCCACCAGGAGGAGAUCCUGCUUUUCAACGAAAUCACACUUCCGCGUCCGUAGCGAGUGCUGCCUCCGUAUCUCCUUCCCCCGCCCCUACUUCCGCCGCGACCCGGUUUCUCUUCGCCAAAGGGAGCCCGAUCAAGGUGGCCUCGCAGUGCCGCCCGGACUCUUUGCCGCAGGAUUUUCACGCGCGCGCCCGGCACAUCGCACGCAGCGGGUACUACCUCCUCGCGUUGGCUUGCCGACCGCUUCUGACGGAAGAGUUGCAAACAGCGGAGAAGCGCGAGGAUUUAGAGCAGGAUCUGACUUUUCUCGGCCUGCUUUACUUCAAGAACGAAUUGAAAAGCUGCACGGCGACCGCGAUCGCGGAGCUGCAAGACGCGGGAAUCUUCACGGUGAUGGUAACCGGGGAUAACUUGUGGAACGGAUUGCACGUCGCAAAAGAGUGCGGCCUGAUCCCCGCGUCGCAUGCCGGAUCCAUAUUACUGGCCGAUGCGGAAGAAAAGAAAACGCCGACAGGAGCAAAGAGAGGGCAAAGGAUUGUUGAGAAGAAAACCACUACUAGUAAUCUACUUGCGGUUCCGAGCGCAUCAAUGGACGGAAUACAAGGAGUUUUCAUGAAUAACGAGAAAAGAAAAGAAUUUGAGGCCGAAGAAACAGGACCACCAGUAGACCACCCGGACGAGGACCAAACGACAUCUAGCGGUACAGAAGAAGAGGACACUUCCUCUUCCGAAGAUGACAACGAGGAUCUUGAGAAGAAACCAGUGGAAAAACAGCUUGUCUGGACCCGCGACAUCCCGCUCCUCCAGGCCAUCUCCCCCUCGAAGCCGAAUGUGCGGGCCUCCCGCGUAUUCGCGCGGGGGGCUCCGCGCGCCAGAUGUUGCAGCUCUGCGGACCCGGGGUAUGACGAGAAAAUUGAGAGUUUGAUCGAGGACGAAACGACCCUGUUUGGCGUCACGCAACACGCGUUCACGUAUUUAAAAGAGCACGACCCGGAACUCCUGCACCAGAUCUUCCCCCGGGUGGUGAUUUUCGGCAGCAUGAGUCCCCAGGGAAAAGUGGACGUCGUGUCCAAGUGGGGGGCUUCCAAAGUGGUCGGUAUGUGCGGCGAUGGCGGGAACGACUCGGGCGCUUUAAAAAUGGCGCACGUGGGCAUGGCUCUAGUCCCGAAGGAUGGAACGUCCGAAGUCUCGAUCGUCUCGCCUUUCAGCAGCUCCGGCGGGGUCAAGCCGAAAGUUGGAGAGAGUGGCUCUUCAGCUGCUCAGGUUGAAGUUAUUUCCCCCGCAGACCACGAAAAACGCCCCUUGCUGUUGGAUUACAGCAGCGACGACAAAAUAAACGCAGAUACGCAUCAUCAUUCCGCGGCAAGCAAGCGAGAAAGGCGCGCAACGGAGCACGAUGUCCCCGAAGAGCUGCACCCCGACCCGUCUAUUCAUUCCGUCGUGAGUGUGGUAAAAGAGGGCCGGGCUGUGCUGGAGAAUUCCGUCGCCUGCUACCAAUUUUUCGUGUACUACGGCUGCCUCUCCGUGAUCUCCAAGAUGUUUCUGCAGGUGCGCCACGGCUACUACAGCGAGUUGGUCUUUCUCUUCCAGGACGCUUUUCUGGUCGUAGCGGUCACCUACGCGAUUGCUUCGUCCAAGCCGAGCCUCAAGGUCGCGAACUACACCCCGAGCGCGAACAUUCUGGGCUACGAGAUUUGCUGCGGGAUUUUGUCCCCCAUUGGCUUCUCCGUGUUGGCUUUGUUCCUCACCUACCGGAGUUUAGACGCGCAACCCUGGUUCGUCGCGCCCGACCUCUUCGAGCUCAACAUCGACGUGGCGGCUUGGUGGAGCAAGCAGGGCGUCUUUACCGCCGCGGUCACGGGGAGCUGGUCCGUGCUCUCCGCGGUCGGCGCGGCGUUGCUCUUCUCCCUCGGCGGAAAGCAGCGGAGAGCCUGGUUUCGAAACUGGAUCUUGCUGGUCGUAGUUUGUGUGGUGGUGCCACUCUGGACUUUUCUCUUGUUCACCGCGAACAACCCACUGAAUUGCGUUUUCCGGGUGAAUUGCGACAACGAAACCAGUUGGGCGACGACGUUUCAGCCGCUGACGUUCUUUUUAAACACCCGGGAACUGUACAACAGCGCCGUGUGGUUUCAGGACGGGAGCGGGAAAACGGAUUUGUUGUGGGUGUCCGAGCAAAAAUUGUCUGGUAUUGCGCCCUUUCAGGACCAGCCGGCCAUCGCACUGACCGGGAAGUUCUGCGAAGCGGCCAGGGGGUUUCUGGAAAGCGAAAAGAACAACGGGCUGCCCGUGUGGACCAGAACGACGACCAGUGGCGCGGAACAAUGUAUAGGGGCGUGCUUCAUUGCGUUUUCGUUCAAUUAGAAUUAGUUUUGCUUUGCUAUAGUACGAACAGCGACGUGAGCUUUAGAAUUGUCAGCAAUGGAAGAGACUUUGUAUACAGCAAGUAGUAGUGGUGCAGCCAGUGCGAACAUUAAAACUGUAUAGUUGAAGCUCUUGACUUCUGACAAAUGCACACUGCAAACAGGCAUCCUCGAGUUGGAGCUCGGUGCACCGGCUAGUUCAUUCCAAACACCGUCGCAAAAAGCGUAUCACUGCCAGCAGAGUUGCCGCGCCACGUGGUCGUUCCGCGGAGCCGACAACCCCGAUAGCCACGCCAACGACAAUCGCUUUUUUUGCUGGUGGACCGCGGUGACGGAUAACAGCUGCUUCCUGGUGCCGCGGCUUGACGCUGCGCGGAAACGCGCCAUGGGCCCGGAAAGUCAAAAUUUUGUAAAUGCACAGCUACAUCAGCCAGCAGACGUCGCACUACAACCUGGAGGACAACAAGGGCGAUCUUCGAAUUUUCUCGGAGCUAACCGAACGCAGGCCGACGUUGUACAGACUCCAUUCAAGGCUGACGCCAUCGCGCUAAGAGAUAGAACAGCGACCAACGCGAGCGGUCCCCAUAGAAAUUCUCCGGAAGAGCCACCCCGUCCCCCGGUUGGGUUUGAGCAACUGAGCCUGAAGACUGUCCACUUUCGCAACGCGCACAACGUUAUCAAAUGUAAAAAUGUCUGGGUCUGGAAGAAUGCAACUUGUCAUGCUAAAUCUGAAGCAGGCAGAAAUCUGUGUUGCAUGAUUACCAAAUGUCGUCCAGUUUUGACCAAGUCGGAGGGGAGUUUCUCAUGCAGGAUAGGCAUCAGAGGGAUCGCACAGAUUCUGUCAUGCCAGGUCCUGCAUUCCAGACCUCAUGGGUCAUGGAAAAACUGCAUGACAAAUCGCGCAUUCUUCCAGACCCAGACACUUUUACAUUUGAUAAAUGUGCUUGCGUGGGAGCAGCCGGCGAACACACCGCUGGAGGAGUCAUUGACACAGCCUUAUCAAAAAGAAAAAUCCCCCCUCCCCAUAUCGAAAACGAAAUUUUUACAACCGGAAGAGCCGUUUGGAAAACCGACUGCGUGAUUGCUGCGGUUUUACACGCUAGCAACCUGAAUAAAGCACAAACAUAAGGCGGGCGCCGGGGAUCGAUUUCGCCGCAUGGAGGCGCCUACUUUUGCAAGAUCGUCUUGGCAACCAAAAGGGUUCGGGCUCUGGGCGCGAUUUUAUUGAUAGAUGGGCCACAGGAAUUGACUUCCAAACGAGCCAAAUGGUUUGGACCAGAAAAAUAGUCCCAGGCAAGGGGGUUGAUGCGGUGUGGCUAUAAUCCACCCUAUUCGCAGGGCUUCCGCCUACGGAGAACCAACCUGGCUGAAGACGACGGCUGCUUCGUCCCUGAUCUGGGGAAAGCUGGCCCGCCGGUCGUUGGGCUGGUGACAAUAGGACGAGCCAGGCAACUGGUCGGGUUGGUUGGCCGUAGGACUACUCCCCGCCCCGCGCGGCGCACCCGGAGGCCUGUCUCCCACCGUGUUUCCGGGGCUUUUCCUUGCCCCGUUCGUGCGCCAUCUCAAAGGCAAACCGGGGACCCGGGAACGGCCUUCCGCGGGAUUAUUCCAGGAAACGAAAAAGGCGACAAAAAAAAAAAGCCAAAAAAACCCAGCGUUAGCCCCGCGCCGUUUUUAUCUUGCGGGCGCCUUUUUGUAAAAACGCAGCAAACACGCAGACGCCAAAAAAAUGCCGGAAUCUGCGGAUACAGUUGCGGCGUUUUUAGGCAAAUUGCCCAAAAUCACAAAAGCGGCGCGCGAAAAUUCGGAUACAGCUGCGCAGUUUUACAAAUGACGCGCAAAAAAGUGUUUUAUUUUUCGCAGUGCCAUCGUGAUUGUGGUAAUUUGGACCGUAAAAAAAACGACCGCGAGCCCGAUACAGUUGCGGCGCAUUUACGUUUUGGGACCCGGAAAGCGCAAACUUGCAGACAAAAUCGCAGAAUUAGCUGCGCGGUUUUAGGUUUUCAGCGGAAAAACGUGCGAGGUGUUGUGGGUUCCGCCCCUGUGGCCUGCCAAAAGCCGACAAAAUCGAAACGCGAAACGGCGGACAUAGCCCCUGCGCAUUUACAGACGAGGGGCCCCAACCCCGUGAGCGGUAGCAAAGACAUGCACCUGCUGAAAACAUCGCAGUUUAGGACUUGGCGGGAAUAAUGAGCAAGGGGCCGGCUCAUUUCUGUAAAACCGCAGCAAUCACGCUGGCGCUAUUCUUAACGGCCCUUUCGGCUCUAACGAAAUUUGUGAUGCAGUAUUUGAGUACACAAAUCGCAUUUGUCUUGCUGGAGGGGACUGCAGACCCAUGCCAAGCCUGAAUAGAGAGGCUUUGACUUAGGCGCUUAGCAUGAAAAGCGUCCGCGAUGUUGGCUCAACAGCAUGACAAACCGGCUCCAUAAUGGGACGGAAGCUGCUGCCCUUGUCUUCUUGCAACACACACGUGAUUUGUGACCUCAAAUCAGCAACACAAAUUUUCAAAAACCUACCUCUUCAAUAUGGGGAGGGGGGAUUUUUCCUUGCGAUAAGCCUUCGAUAAACGCGAGAACGUUCUCGUGGACCUUCCUAUUUCUCGCCACACUUGCGAUCGCCUUCACGAUAAAUGUGCUCAUGAGCAUUUUUGUGAUCAAAGGCCCGGUGGGAGUCUGGUUGUCCGGGAAACUUUUCGGAGACAAGAAAAGGAUGUGA